GCCGAAGCCGUCACUCCCCGGUUGGGUAACCGCGAGCCGCAAAGCUGCUGUCCACGUGGACUGGUGCUGAAAUCUCUCGUCCGGCUGCUGCCAGAGCCUCGCCAGCGAAACCCAGAGACAUGGCAACAAACGGAACAAAAGUGGCAGAUGGACAGAUCUCCACGGAAGUUGAUGCUUCAAUCACCAAUGACAAGCCUAAAACCUUGGUAGUAAAAGUGCAGAAGAAGAAGACGGAUCUUCCAGACCGAGAUACUUGGAAAGGGAAAUUUGACUUUCUUAUGUCCUGUGUAGGUUAUGCCAUUGGCUUAGGGAAUGUGUGGCGAUUUCCGUACCUUUGUGGCAAGAAUGGUGGAGGUGCAUUCCUGAUUCCCUAUUUCCUUACUUUAAUUUUUGCUGGAGUGCCACUAUUUCUUUUGGAGUGUUCCCUUGGUCAGUAUACAUCUAUAGGAGGCCUUGGAGUGUGGAAGCUUGCUCCCAUGUUCAAAGGUGUGGGACUAGCUGCUGCAGUCCUUUCCUUUUGGCUAAAUAUUUACUACAUUGUGAUUAUUUCAUGGGCUAUAUACUACCUGUAUAAUUCCUUUACCACUACUCUUCCUUGGAAACACUGUGAGAACCCAUGGAACACUGACCGCUGCUUCUCCAAUUAUACCUUAGCAAACACCACCAACAUGACAAGUGCCGUGGUUGAAUUCUGGGAACGCAACAUGCACCAAAUGACUGAUGGAUUGGAAAAACCAGGGCAAAUCCGAUGGCCGCUAGCAAUUACCCUAGCAAUUGCCUGGAUUCUGGUGUAUUUUUGUAUCUGGAAGGGGGUAGGCUGGACUGGAAAGGUGGUAUAUUUCUCUGCUACUUAUCCCUAUGUUAUGCUGCUUAUCUUGUUCUUCCGUGGUGUAACACUGCCUGGAGCAAAGGAAGGCAUUUUAUUCUAUAUAACUCCCAACUUCAGUAAGCUUUCAGACUCAGAGGUUUGGCUGGAUGCUGCCACACAGAUUUUCUUCUCCUAUGGUUUGGGUCUUGGCUCACUGAUUGCCCUUGGAAGUUACAACCCUUUCCACAAUAAUGUUUACAGGGACUCGAUCAUAGUGUGCUGCAUAAACUCAUGCACAAGCAUGUUUGCUGGCUUUGUCAUCUUCUCCAUUGUUGGAUUCAUGGCUAAUGUCACAAAGAGGCCUAUUGCAGAUGUUGCAGCAUCAG